AUGGGUAGUCGAGACUUCGACAAAGUGAAGUUGGACAAAGAGGGCUACGAGAAAGUACGAGCCAUUCACUACAACUGGUACUUGCAUUCGAUGAAGGCAAUCAUGGGACAGCUUGGAAAGGAUGUGCUCCCUAAAUUGAGCCCCAGUAACCGCCGACAAUUUCUGCGAUGCCUUGACGGUAUCGUUGACAAGAGAGAUUUGGUGAGCGCGGCCAGAUGUCUCAUCGAAGCGAAAGAGAAGCUCGACAGCGAUAAAGUUCAGUGUUCUAAGUGUUCAGAUCCUAUGGCAAGGCUAAAAACCAGGUAA